AUGCAUGUAUAUAGGAAAACACUUCAAGCCUUAAUUUAUCCAAUUAGUUGUACAACGCCACAUAAUUUUCAAAUAACCAAUUUUCAAACUCCAACAUGGUGUUACGAAUGUGAAGGACUCUUAUGGGGUCUUGCAAGGCAAGGCCUAAAAUGUGCAGAAUGUGGUGUUAAAGUCCAUGAUAAGUGCCGUGAUCUUCUAAGUGCCGAUUGUUUGCAAAGAGCUGCUGAAAAAAGCUCAAAACAUGGUGAAGGUGAUAGAACACAAAAUCUGAUUGCAGUUAUACGAGAUAGAAUGAAAAUUCAAGAAAGAAAUAAACCAGAAAUCUUCGAAACAAUCAGGAUAAUUUUUAAUAUUGAUGGACGUGUACAGCAAGAAACAUUGAAACAGGUUAAAGCGAGUAUUCUUGAAGGCAAUUCAAAAUGGAGUGCCAAAAUUGCUUUAACUGUGAUAUGUGCUCAGGGACUGAUUGCAAAAGAUAAAACGGGUAAAAGUGAUCCAUAUGUAACUGCUCAAGUUGGAAAAAUUAGGAAACGGACAAGAACCAUACAUCAGGAAUUGAAUCCUGUUUGGAAUGAGAAUUUUUUCUUUGAAUGCCAUAAUUCAACCGAUCGUAUAAAAAUUCGUGUUUGGGAUGAGGAUAACGAUUUGAAAAGUAAAUUACGACAAAAGCUAACUCGAGAAUCAGAUGAUUUUUUAGGUCAAGCAAUUAUUGAAGUUCGAACGUUGUCUGGUGAAAUGGAUGUUUGGUAUAAUCUCGAAAAACGGACCGAUAAAUCAGCAGUUAGUGGUGCAAUAAGAUUGCAUAUUAAUGUCGAAAUAAAAGGUGAAGAAAAAUUAGCACCAUAUCAUAUCCAAUACACAUGCCUUCAUGAACAUUUGUUUCAGCACCACUGUACGGAUCAGGAUGAAGUUCGCUUGCCAGAUACGAAAGGCGAUAACUCUUGGAAAAUAUAUUUUGAUGAUAUCGGACAAGAUAUUGCCAAUGAAUUUGCUAUGAGAUAUGGAAUUGAGAGCAUAUAUCAGGCGAUGACACAUUUUGCUUGUCUUUGCACUCGUUAUAUGUGUCCUGGUGUACCGGCAGUAUUAUCAACGCUAUUAGCAAAUAUUAAUGCAUACUAUGCACACACCACUGCAACAUCGGCUGUUUCUGCAUCGGAUCGCUUUAGUGCAUCGAAUUUUGGCAAAGAUCGUUUUGUUAAAUUACUCGAUCAACUACAUAAUUCAUUGCGAAUUGAUCUGUCUAUGUAUCGAAAAUAUUUUCCGUGUUCGUCACGAGUGAAAUUAGCCGAUCUCAAAUCAACGGUUGACUUAUUAACGUCAAUAACGUUCUUUCGUAUGAAAGUCUUGGAACUGGCGAGUCCGCCACGUGCUUCUAAUGUUGUUAGAGAAUGUGCUAAAGCUUGCAUGCAGGCAACAUAUCAGUUGAUGUUCGAAUCAUGUUGUGAAGAUGGAGGGCCACCAGCGGAUAGUGUAAAAUUUUGGUUUGAUUUUUUGGACUACAUGAUGAGAGUGAUCGAAGAUGAUAUGAACAUAUACACCUUAGUAUUGAAUCAGUUCCCUCAAGAAUUAAACAUCGGCAAUCUUUCUGCUGCUACCCUUUGGCAAUUGUAUAAAACUGAUUUGCAAAUGGCUUUAGAAGAACAUGCCCAAACGAAAAAAUGUUCAACUCCGGAAUACAUGAACCUAUAUUUUAAAGUGAAGGGAUUUUAUUUUAAAUAUGUCGCUGACUUACAGCAAUACAAAGCAUCAAUCCCUGAAUUUCCUGCAUGGUUUAUACCAUUCGUUAUGGAUUGGUUGAAUGAAAACGACGAGCAUUCAAUGGACAUCCUACGAAAUGCUUAUAACCAUGAUAAAUCGGACAAUUUCCCGCAAACUUCUGAACAUACGAAAUUUUCGAAUUCUGUUGUUGAUGUAUUUACACAACUCAAUGAAGCACUUAAAUUAUUAAAACAGAUGGAUUGUCCAAAUCCGGAAGUAUAUGCAGAUAUGAUGAAGCGAUUUUCGAAAACACUGAAUAAAGUUUUGCUGGCGUACGCGGAUAUGGUGCAAAAAGAUUUCUCAAAAUUCGUUAAUAACGAAAAAUUAGCUUGUAUCUUAAUGAAUAAUGUUCAGCAACUAAGAGUGCAGUUGGAAAAAAUAUAUGAAAACAUGGGUGGAACUACUUUAGAUCAGUCAGUUACUGGUGUAUUAAAUAAUUUACAAAAGAAAUUGAAUGCUGUAUUAGAUAAACUAUCAGUACAGUUCGUUGAAAGUCUUGCAUCAAACAUUCAUGAGCAAAUGAAUAAACUUGGCGUUAUUCUAACGAAAAUCAAAGGACCGCAAUUACAGAAAAGUCAGCUUGCAGGGUCCAAUUAUAAUGAGGGAGUCUCCAAAGAAAUUUUGUUGAAGGAAGUGGAUGCAGUACUUGAACCUUUAAUGGAAUUGCUUGAGGAUAAGUUGCAGCAAUACGCAUCACAGUGCGAAAAAACAGUACUUAAACACUUACUUAAAGAGCUAUGGAGAAUUACAAUAGUUAGCAUGGAAAAACUUGUUGUUCUGCCUCCACUUGAUAAUAAAGCAAUUCUAAAGCAACUUCCCAAUGCCAAAAUUGGCGAUGUAACAAAAUUAAUGUCUUCACAUUUAAAAGAAGUGAAAAAUAUGAGUUCUGUUAAGGAGAUGAUGGAUAUUGCCCGUGAAUAUGAACGUUCAUUAACACCAAAGCAGUGCACAGUACUGGAUGCUGCAUUAGAUGCGAUUAAAGAAUGUUUUCAUGCUGGUGGUCAAGGACUGAAAAAAUCGUUUUUUGAAAAAUCACCCGAAUUACAAUCAUUAAAAUAUGCUUUAUCGUUAUAUACUCAAACUACAGAACAACUUAUUAAAACAUUUAUUACUACACAGAAACAACAAGUUGAUUUGUUUAUUAUUCUUGCAGAUCUACCAUCACAGGAACAACCAGUUGGUGAAGUUAGUGUGCAAGUUGAUCUGUUUAGUCAUCCGGGAACUGGUGAACAAAAAGUCACCAUUAAAAUAUUGGCGGCCAAUGAUUUACGAUGGCAAACCGCAAGUGUGUUCAAACCAUUCGUUGAAGUUCAUUUGGUUGGUCCUCAUUUGGCUGAUAAAAAGCGAAAAAUGGCAACAAAAUCAAAAGCUGGAAAUUGGGCACCGAAAUUCAAUGAAACUUUUCACUUUUUCCUAGGUAAUGAAGGUGAACCUGAACAUUAUGAAUUGAUGUUCCAAGUAAAAGAUUAUUGCUUUGCUCGAGAAGAUCGUAUUGUUGGUGUUGGAGUACUGCAGUUGGCUUCAUUAGCUGAGCAAGGCUCAUGUGCAUGUUGGGUACAACUUGGUAGACGAUUUUAUAUUGAUGAAACUGGUCUCAUUUUGUUAAGGAUACUAAGUCAGCGUCAGACUGAUGAAAUAGCUCGAGAAUUUGUUCGUUUGAAAUCAGAAUGUCGUUAUGAAACUGAAUCAACCAUGGCUGCUUCAUUUAGUAGUCAGCAAAUAUCGAAUAAGAUAUUUUAA